UGAUAACAUUUAAGUAACAUCACGUAUUCGGGCAGCCGCGUACAACAAUUAUUAUUAUGCCCCGUGACGAUCGGCCCCGGCGUCGACUUUUUUCGUGAUAACUCGCGCUGCCUUCGCCCUAUCAUUGUUGUUACCUACACAUUAUUGUUUUACGUUUGUUAUCGUCGUUGUUUGACGUCGCAUUUCUCCCGUGUGUCCGAUCCCUUUAUUGAAAUAAUUAUAUUUCAAUAUUGUUUUCCCUGCUUGUUCGCGUACCAUUGUCCAUUGUUCGUUAACAACGACGUGCAGUCAUUAAGAUUUAUAAAUCGGUCGCCUCACCGAGUGAAUAGCGCACGGCCAUCCGUACGAGCAUCGUUGCAUUCGGUCGUUCACUAUGGCCGGAUUGAAAGCGUUAAUGACCUUAGCCUUUGCUGGAUCAAUUGGUAUGACAUUGGUUAUAUUAGCAUGUGCAUUACCAGAUUUAAAUUCUUGGUGGCCAUUUAUAGUAGUAGUAUUUUACCUGUUUGCGCCAUUGCCGACCAUGUUGAUGAAACGGUACAAUGAUUAUUCAGGAUCAGGUAAUGCCAACAUGGAAUUGGCUGUAUUUCUUACAAUGGGUAUAGUGGUAUCAUCAUUUGCCUUACCUAUAAUUAUGGCCAGGGUCCAGACUAUUGCGUGGACAGCCUGUAAUUUUACAUUGUUUGGAAACGUAGUUGUUUAUUUGACGUUUAUAGGAUUUUUCUUAACACUUUACCAAGAAGACACUGAUUAUAGUUUAUGGUAAUAUAUUAAUUAACUCAUAUAUGUUCAAAUGCUUAUUCCUUAUUUUAAACUAAUAUUUUAUAUUAAUUAAUUAAUAGUCUGUACUUUUAAAGCAGGUAUCUAUUUUAGUUAAUGUAUGAUUUUAUUUAAUUUUGCUUAA